UCAAUAUUAGACAAAAUCCAAGAUGGCCGACUGUUGUUUCUCCUGGGGUUGAACUCCGAGUGGAUUUGACCCCCUUCCUUUUAAUUGAACAACACAGCGAUGUUUAGUAAAAUAAAAUCGCUGGUCCAAGAAGCCGUUGAGGCGCUGGCCCCCGAAGCGCCCCAAGAAAGUUUCGUCUUUCACUGGAAAGCAGUCACAAACUACUUCAUAGAGGCUACAGAUGAAAAACUUCCCGUGUUUUCAACAAACAUCCCCUAUCACUUGGAGAAAAUGCUUGAGACUCUACGAAGGGAGGAAGAACAAAUGGAGGGAGGCUCAACCGGCCCAUGCUUGGAGUAUCUUCUACAGCAUAAGAUACUUGACACCCUUCAUACUCUUGCAAGAGCAGAUUGUCCACCUGGGAUGAAGCAGCAAGUUCUUUCAUUUUUCUCAAACCUUUUGGCCAAGAUGAAGCAGCCCCUUCUUCCUCAUGUGAAUGUGUACAGACCUGUGCAUCGUCUGAUUCGACUCUGUGGAGAGGUACAAGCUGCGCCUUCUGAGAAUGAAGAGGUCCAUUUCCUAUGCACUGUUUGCUCCAAGUUACGGCAGGACCCGUACUUAGUAAACUUCUUUCUAGAGCUCUCAUUCUUACAAUCCUGCUCAUGCAUUGCGUGUCAGCAAACAAACAAAGACUCACCACCUUCUAGCACUCUUACCACAGUGCCUGCAAACCCUUGCCAUAAGCCACAUAAGUCUCCAGAUAACAACUCAGCAAUCAAUGAUGAAAGCAAAGACCCAGUAGAGCCAAGACGGAGAGACAAGCCAGAUUAUACCCUUGUAAACUCUCUACUAGCUUUGACCAAGAGCGAGGACAGUAGAAUAUCAGUGAAAGCGUGUGAGGGGUUGAUGCUAUGUGCGUCCCUGCCAGAGGAUCAUGCUGCCACCGUCAUUGUACUGUACACUCCAUUUUGUGAGAUUAUGGCUGACAAGCUUAAGCCCCUAUUUGAUGCAUGUCCUCCUAGUGAUCCUGCUGACAUCACAACUGUUGCCGCCAAAUGGGGGUUUGAUCAUAUUGGAGAUGAAGAUGCUCACACGUUUCCUGGCAAAAGACAACUCCUUUCUUUCCUUUCGUGGCUGGACUAUGUAGAUCAGUUGUCUAACGUUGCACACAAGCUGGUAGCUAAUGCACUCGCGGUAGGUGUGCGAGAGCGGUUUCUUCAGCCCGUCAUUGAGCAGAGUUUAAUGCAACAAUCAGAAAUUGGAGUCAUUUCUACAAUGGCGUUAAUGCGACGAAGUUUAAGCCUUAUCACCUCACAACACCUGCUCAAAGAGUUUUCAAUGUUUUUGCUUGGUGAGAGCAAAAAGCCAGAGGCAAUGUCUGACACAGGAGAGCAUAAGCUACGACAAAAACUAAUCGAGCUGUGUGACCACCUAUCUGAUGAGCUGAGCAUAGAGACGCUCAAAUUGUUCGAGACGCUAAUCCAGAAGCCUUCCCAAGUCAUUCUAGAGAACCUGGUCACACGUAACCUGACGAGCAGGAAGUAUUACGAUACUACCACAGUCACCAAUGGUAACGCAUCCUCCAAUGAGACCACGUCCAGUGCGCCUGCGUCACCAAUGACGCCGCUGACGCCGACGAUUGACGAAGUGCUGGGCUUACCCGGAUCUGUGGACGAGGCAGAUAGACAAGAGGUUGAGAGGGUUGUCAAUAGCUUUUUGUCUUUAGUUCCGAAUGAAGUAAAAUCUUCGCUACUGACUGGAGAUGCAGGAUACGAUACUUAUCUGCGAGACGCUCAUCAGCAGUGUACGAAAUGCGCUUUGCGCUCCCGGCAGUUUGACUGGCCGACAUCGCCUUUGCCCGUGGAAGGCGAUGACACAAGGGAACAUUUUUACCCAGGAGCAUUUUUGGGAAUGUUGUUCAGAAAGUUAGAGAGACUUUUAGAUCAGCCGUACGAAGUAAAUCUUCAGGUGACUAGCGUCCUCUCUCUACUCGCGCAGUUCACCCAUCCGCACCUGCACGAAUUCCUCCUCUGUACGCAUCUACCACUUGUGUCGGGAUGCAGUUCUUUAUAUCACGUGCUGCAAGGGGUUGUGACCGAUCUUAGAGAUCGAAUCGAGCGAAUUCCGAAUUUCCAAAGAAGCGUUGUCACCAUACGGAGGCAACUCAUGGGUCUCUCCAUCGUUCCUGAGCAUAAAAGUACGGCACAUCGAAAUCUUCUGGAGGCGUGCAUUGUUCUGGAAGAGUUCUGCAAGGAAUUAGCUGCAAUCGCAUUUGUCAAAGCCACAGCGAGUCUGAGGGACUAGGAAAAUCAUGUAGCAGAAAGGCAGAUGAUAUUUUUAUUUUUCAGGACAAGGAACCAGCAAUUCUGAGAUAAAAAAAACGCGAUAUUGGUCACUGGUUGACCAGCGAGUACGAAAUCAUAGUAACAUUAUAUUAUAACAAAUAAUACUUGUAAAAGGGACAUGUAAAAAGAAUCUUAUGUUGGUUAGUAAAACGGUUAUUUUAUGGCUA